UAGAUGUAGAGAUUUUGAGUAUACUAUAAACUGUUAGUUAGAAUCAACAUGUAGACAUAGCAGAACACGAUGUCCGACUUGCAAUAUUAGUGAAGCCAUCAUUUUCAUUUGGAUAUUAUAGCUGUUUACAUCGAGAGUAGGUGGUUGGACCUCAUGGCCUCCUCGCCCUGGUUCAUUUUACUUCUUGGGACCUGCCUAGCCGUCACCGAAGGUGAAAUUCGAUGUUAUUGCAACGAGUCUGGAUGUAUUAGUACAGGCUACAUGUGUAAAUCAAGUAUAGGCCAGUGUUACACGGCCGUCCGGGUGGAAGGGGAGACCACUCGUGCCACACACGGUUGUAGUUUACCUUCACACCUUGAACUUUGUAGUCAAGGUCAACAACUUGUAAAAUCAACGGACACUAAAACUCAAGUGCCUUUUAUUAUGUGUUGUCAAGAAGACAUGUGUAAUUAUAUAGAAAAUAUAGACAUUAAUAUUAUACUUAGUACAAAAUCUAACGGAAGUGCUCAAAAGGGUCACACCCAAAAUGAUGGUUCGGGAGAAAAUCACGUGGUAUAUUCUAGGAAUUCCGAUGAUAAGGAACCAGAAAGAGACCUGUGGUUCAAGGCCGCUGUUAUCGCCGUCCCCAUCGCUGGUGGAUUUAUCCUCGUGUUAUUAGUGCUUCUCGCUGUGCGCAUGCUCAGAACUGAUUCUAGACGACAUAGUCGCUUAAUACAAAUCAGGCAGGAUCGAAGCCUGAAAAAAGCCCAACUUUAUGUCACGGACCAUUUUAGUGAUAAAUCCGGAAAAAAUUGCUCAUUAUUUGCUGAUAGACAUAAACAAGUUACAAAGACUGAUUCACAAGGAAGGAUAUAUAGACCUAUUAAUGAUACCAAAAAACAGUUGACGCCGCACGCGUCCAUAGUAACGUGGGGGAAACCCUGUAAAAACGAUCUAGCCACCAUUGUGUGAUGUCAUGGAUUUUUGCAGUGACUUUAACAAUCCUCGUUAUCGUGUGUCAGUGAUGUCAGAGUUACAUGUAUGUAUGAAUGUCCAGUUUUGUAAAUAUUUUUUUGAUAGGUACCUGUGAAGAAUGAGUGUUUAUUUUGUGAAUGUUUUGAUUGUGUUAUUUGUGGUGGUGACCAGCUGUCUGUUAUUAUGUUAAAUGUUUCAAACAGUGCUGUAGCCUAUCUAUCAUAACUUGUCUUAUUAAAUAUGCACACCCCGAUACAUCUCAUUUACAUUUAUUUGGCUGGACAAUAAAAUAUUAAAGUUUUGUUUUGUGUGGAUUGAAGUUGGCCGAGAUAGCGAGAACUGGUUUUGAAUCCUUGUUUGUUUUUCAAAAGGUGGCGCUGACAAAUUGACUUCCGGGACGAAUGCAUAUAUGUAUACGUUCAGUGGACGUACUAAAAUUGACUUGUUUUAAGGAAGAAAGUUACUCAGACACAGAGAUUUAAGAUGGUGACUCCAUGAUGAUCUAAUUCUAAUGGUUUUUAAUUAAACGUAUUUUUUAUUCUUACUGAAAUAUCUAUGUGCCGAUUGUGAUUGUAUAUUGCUCACUUGUAUGUGUAUAUGAAUGAAUGGUUGAAAAAUAUUGUGAUAAACGUCAGCAGAAGAUGGGUACACCGCCAUAUUACGUGAUGUUAUUAUUAUUUUAUAUAAAAGUUGCUUAUUUAUUAUUUGUCCAAAAUAAAUCUCAAAGAUUAAAGAUAACAUAAAUAUUAUUAAACAUA